UAUCAUGGCGUCAGUCAUAAUUAUAGUUCUUAUCACAUGGUUCCAAAUAGAGGUCAUCAGACCCCAAACAUAGUCGAGUCACAGUUUGCAGUCAACAGCUUUGAAGAACAGUGCACUUUGUCAAGAUCUUUAAAACAAGCUUUAAUACUACACACUGAGUCAAGAUGAAUCGACUACUAGGAGGUGGUAAGAAGAAGGCUCCACCUCCAAGCAUGACGGACGCCAUUGCCGGUGUGGAUAGCCGGGGAGAGUCCAUCGACAAGAAGAUUGGGAAAUUAGAUCUGGAGCUAACCAAGUAUCGCAACCAGAUGAAAAAGAUGAGAGAUGGUCCAUCAAAGAACAUGAUCAAACAGCGAGCGUUACGAGUACUCAAACAGAAGAAGAUGUACGAGUCUCAACUAGAGGGUCUAAGAAACCAAUCCUUCAACAUGGAGCAGGCCAACUUUGGUAUUCAGCAGCUCAAAGACACUAAGACUACCGUAGACGCUAUGAAGAUAGGUGUCAAGGAGAUGAAGAGAGAGUAUAAAAAAAUCAAUAUUGGAAAGAUCGAGGACGUCCAAGACGAGAUGUCUGACAUGUUGGAACAGACCAAUGAGAUCAUGGACGUGCUGGGCACACCAUAUGGUCUCCCUGACGAUAUAGACGAGGACGACCUGGAAGCAGAGUUGGAGGCGCUGGGAGAUGACUUCCUUGGUGAGGACGAGGACUCCUCCUACCUCGAUGCAGUGGGUGCUCCAGACCCGCCCACCACAGUGCCAGGAGACAGCGGACGUGUCGAGGGUGGCGUGCAGUUGGAUGAAUUUGGACUACCUCAACUCAAUAGUUAAACUAACUGUACUCAAAACACUUCGUUUGCUCAUUAUCUGUACAUAAAUUAACCGUCGUCAUUAUAACUGUACAUGUACAUGUAGCUUAUGUUCUGCAGUUUUUAAUGCAUUUAUUGUAUGCACUUUAAUGUAUAUUGAACAUGGAACCGUGA